AUGCAGCCUACAAGGAUCCUCCGCAACAAUGGCGAGAAGCCCAACAUCACGGGCUUUGACAUGCGCGAGUUCCUCCGACACACCAAGACGCCGACCUACGACCCUUGGGAGAGGCAUGAGGCCUGGCGCUACACUGGCCGUUUCAGCCGCUUCAACCGCUUCAAGGGCGCGCUUCCCGGAUUCGGCAUUGCUACGGUUGCCUUCACGGCCUACUGCGUGUUUGAGCAUUUUUUCCUGAAGGACGACCACCACGGGCACCAUGGUGAGAAGGAGCACCAUUAA